GGCAUUCGAGCCAAGUGGACGUGGAAGCCACCUCGAUCUCGGCCAGCCUACGGAUUUGUAUUCCCAAAAAGUGGCUUUCGCUUUCGUGACGGUUGGCGGUUGGCGGUUCGUUGGGCUCUCGCAUGGGGUUUCCACUUCAGUCCGUCUGCUUUGUUGACAAAGUUAUUGCCUCCGGGGCUUAAUGACUUCGUAAUUGAUUUGCAUUCGAUGUGCCACAUUGAUUGGCAAUUGAAACUAACCACAGUCAUUGUCACCGUUGCUAAUCAAGGUUAUCAAGGAUACUCUGGCUGUCACCAUGUCGCUGUCUGUGGCCAGCCGUCGUCGCCUCCAGACGACGAACGCUCCAUCGUCCACCGCGAACCCAUCCUCCUCAUCACUAUCCGGUGGCCGCUACCAAUUGCCCCUGUCGGUGCGGAAACAGCACUCCUUCAUCGAGCCGACGGCCAGAUUCUCGGCCCAACAGAGGGGCUACCUCUCCCGCGGACUCUCCGUGGGCCGAUCCAUCGAGAAUAUCCGGCAGAAGCUGUAUCCCGUGGGCAGGCAGACAUCGCUGGCCGUGGAGGAGGUCACUCCCAGGAUUGCCCCCCGCAUCACCGCCUCGCAGGUGCAGGGCUUAAGGCUGAGGGAUAAGAGCCUGGUGGCCUGGUCCUCCACUUCGUCAUUGCUCAAGGACCAGGAACCGGAAAGGACUACACAAACUGAACCGGCCGAAGCGAAAACCAGCGCCAAGGCGGACAAGAAUCGGAUUAAUUUGAAUAUAGUCCUGUCGCAGACGAUAAGGGCUACCAACGAGAGGGAACAGGAACAGGACGUGGAACCGGAAGCGGAAGCGGACCACACUAGCGACAUCGAGGGCAGUCAUCCGGUGGUGGAGACUCCGCCGGACAUCCCGCUGAGCAUCUCGCCGGCAUUGACCAUCCAGAGGCGUCCGCCCCUGGUGCGUGCUAUGUCCGCUCCGGUCCGCGGAUUGGACGAGAGCAGCAAGGGCGUCAUUGCCGCCAGUAAGCGCAGCCAGCAGAAGCUGCGUCGCCGCAAGAUCUUCACCAGAACACCCUCGUCCGGGGUAUCCGUGCCCCUAGAUGUCAUCGGGGAUACCACUGCCUCUGCCUCCGCCGGCAAUGGAAAUGCGCCGAAAAAAUCGCUGAACCGGGCACGCAGCGUGGUCGCCCCCGAUGUCAUUACCCUGGUCUCCCUGCUGAGUUCCGAGGGCAGCGACUCCGAGCGGGAGGACAACAGUUCCACGGCGGUAUCGUCGCCACCCUCUAACGGUCCCGAUAAGACGCCUUCGGGAGCCGCGCAGCGAAGGGCGCCGCUGCUGAGGAAGACGGGCAAAUCGGUCUCGUUUCAAGACAGCUAUCCGCCCACCUUCCAACUGGCCUCCAAGGAGUACUCGCACAUGAUACGCCGUGGCUCGAUAGCACCUCUGGCCGCCCGUAUCCGCGCCAAUCGACCGCCGACAGCGCCGCCCGUCUCCAUUUUCCUGACCGAAGUCCAGGCCAAAAUGGAGCAGCCUCCGAAAAGGGAUGGGGGUGCUGAGAUGCCGCUUGCUACCCUGUCGCCGGAUGAGGCCAAGAAGGAGAACAACAACAAUGCGGCCAACUGUGAGGAUCAGAUACAACAGCAGCCGGAUCACAACUAUCCGGCAUAUGUGCGCAGCUUGAAGGAGCGCGAGUGCUGGAAGUUGCAUCAGAAGAUGGGGGCCAAGGGCGUCAGUGUGAGCUAUGAAACCGUGCUGAGGGGCAUGCUCACGCCCACGGAGUUCAGGCACUUCCAGAAGCAAAGGGAACAGGAGGAGGCCCGCGUCCUUGAGGAGGCGGAGGCCGCCGAGGCAGCAGCUGCCGCCGCCAUUCUGGAGUCCGGCGAAAAGGAGGGCCGUAAGCCACCGGUCACGGCCAUUGAACGACUCUCGGAAGCGCUGCUUCAGAGCAAAUAGGACGAAGUCGAGAAUAGAAAUCCAGUUCCAGCGCUAUGGAACCCGACCAUUAAAUUGCAUUUGCCCCUAGAGGAUGUAGCAGUAGUCGAGCACUCGUUAAACUGCAGUUGCACCCCGCUGAGACACCAUACCGCGGCGUCCACCCGUAGUUCUAGAUGGUACCCCCAAAAACCGUAGAAUCCCCCAUAAGAAUCCGUAUGUACUUUAUGGCGGGACUCAAGCUUAAGUGGACGCUGAGCCUGGCCAAUAAUCGCAACAGCAUCAGAUUGUAGAUCCCUAACAAUAAAGAGAACUAGAAAGA